AUGCCUGCCUCUGAGGACAAAAGCGAUGACGGUCCCCUCAGCACCACCGACUUUGGCGACGCGAUUGACUCGGUCACCUUCGGUCAGAUCCUGGAGAUGGACGACAGCGAGGAUGAUCGCGAAUUCAGCCAGUCAAUCGUCUUUGGCUUCUUCGAGCAAGCAGAAGAAACUUUUGAGUCGAUGGACUCGGCUUUAGAGGAAAAGGACCUCGAGAAGUUGUCGCAAUUGGGUCACUUCCUCAAGGGCUCAUCGGCCACGCUCGGCCUCGUCAAGGUUAGAGACAGUUGCGAGAAGAUCCAGCGUUACGGCAAGAAGGAGAACGAGGAUGGCACCCCGGAGAAGGAUGAGGAGCUGUGCCUGGAACGCAUUACCGAGACGCUCAAGGCGCUUAAGACGGAGUACGAGGACGCCGAGAAGGUUCUAAAGAAGUUCUACAACACCACCGACGCCUAA